AUGGCGAAGGUUGCUGUCAUCGUGGGCGCAGCCUCCAAGCAUGACAAGGAUGGCACCGACGUGGACUUGCCUCCAGCCAGCCGCUGGGGCCUGGGAGGUGCCCUCUGCCUCCGUUUCGCGCAGGGCGGCUUCCACGUCGCGCUCCUUGGGCGGCGCGUUCCCAUCCUCGAUGGGGUUGCCAAAGAGGUGCAAGCCAUUGGCGGCACAGCAACUUGCAUUCAGUGCGACGUGGAGGACAACGCGAGCGUGAAGAGCGCUUUCGACGCGGCGAAAUCACUGGGAACUGUGGAAGUGGUGGUCUACAACGUGGCACCUCCCUUUCCUCCGGGCUGUGACUUCACUAACCUCCCCAUGGCUGAGGUUGUUGACCCAGAGUACUUCACACGAGCCUUCAACAUCGGUGUCAGCGGAUGUGUCCGCUGCGUGCGCGAGAUUGCGCCGGACAUGAUGGAGCGAGGCCGCGGCACAAUCCUCUUGAGCGGUGCGACAAUGGCUUUACGCGGAGGCCCGAAAUUUGCGUGCAUGGCCCCCAUCAAGGCGGCUUUGCGGUCUUAUGGUCAGGCGAUGUAUCAGACCUAUGCCCCGAAGGGUGUGCAUGUGGCCCACGUCGUUAUCGAUGGGGUCAUCGAGUCUCCGAACACGAAAGCCUGGGCUGACAAGGUGAUGCUGCAGGAUCCUGCAGACCUGGCCGAUGCCUUCUUCGCGAUGCAUGAGCAGAAGCCCUCUGCUUGGUCCUAUGAGAUGCAGCUGACUCCGUGCAGGGAGUCCGUCGGAAUGCGCCUGUGA